AGCAUGUUUGAGACACUCGACUCGGACGAUAUCGAGUACUUUGAGAACUUCACGGGACUAGAACUAGAUGUGUCUGCUCAAAAUGAUUCUGAAGAUGAAGAACCACCGAUGUGUAACUUCCAAGUACUUAGGGAUGGAUACAAACCCAUCCAUGGAUAUCUGGGUUUGGUUGUGUGUAUCCUGGGCACCCUGUUUAACUUGAUGAAUGUCCUGGUUCUCUCUCACAAGGAUAUGCGGGGGAAUCCAAUCAAUCUUCUUCUAACAGGAAUAGCGGUAGCUGACGUCAUGGUGAUGUUGGAAUACAUCCCCUUCGUGGUGCACAUGAACCUCCUGGAUGAGGACUCAAGACCGGUAGAAGAUAAGUACUCCUGGGGGUGGGGGGUGUUCCUCUGGUUCCAUGUCAACUUCACCAUCAUCAUACACAACGUAUCCAUCUGGCUUACCCUCUCUCUAGCUAUCUGGAGAUAUAUCAUGAUUAAGCAUCAUGUCCUGGCAGUGACCCUCUGCACUAUCCCUCGGUGUAAAAUGCUUCUUCUCAUGGGCUACAUUGUUCCGAUUAUCCUGACCAUCCCAAACUUCUUGGCGAACUCAAUACAGGAGCAGAUUCAACCCACCGAUACCGGCAGAAACGUCACCAUUUAUGUUCUCAAUUGGAGUAGCCUAGCGGAAAGUAACAACAAACUGUUCUACAGACUCAAUAUAUGGUUCUACAGCUUCUUUCUGAAGUUGGUUCCCUGCUUGGUUCUAACUAUCUUCACUGGGGUUCUCAUCAGGGCCUUGUAUCAGGUACUUAACGAGGCUGAAGAGCACUCUAAGAGAAUGAAGAACGGGAAUACUGAAAACAAGAAAUCCACCAGUACCAACACUGUACCAGACAACAAGGUCUCUAAGCGAAGGAAGCACACAAACAGAACAACAAGACUUCUCAUCGUUAUCCUCAUUCUCUUCCUUCUCACAGAGUUCCCUCAGGGUAUUCUGUUAAUGACAGCUGUGUUUGCUGAAGAAUUCUUCGUUGAUUGCUAUACACCGCUUGGUGAGAUGAUGGACAUGAUGGCUCUGUUAAACUGCUCGAUCAACUUCGUUCUCUUCUGCAUCAUGUCAGUUCAGUUCAGGACAACCUUCAGGAAGGUUAUUGGUUACCAGGAGUUCAUGGCUAAACAUUUCGGUAAUUCUAACCAGAGAGCAGAACUAGAGGAAAUUCCGCUUAAUUCUCACAAGAACUAGAGGAUAUUCCGCUUAAUUCUCACAAGAACUAGAGGAUAUUCCGCUUAAUUCUCACAAGAACUAGAGGAUAUUCCGCUUAAUUCUCACAAGAACUAUAGGAAAUUCCGCUUAAUUCUCACAAAAAUUAGAGGAAUGAAAGAAAUUCUCGACACAAAAAAUGGAGGAAUACACGAAAUUCUCAAAAAAAUUAGAGGAAUACGAGAAAUUCUCACAAGAAUUAGAGGAAUACAGAAAAUUCUCACAAGAAUUAGAGAAAUACGCGAAUGUCAGAUAAAUCCACAUAUUCUCAGAAGAAUCCAUGCAUAUUCUGAAAAGAAUCCCCUAUUUCACAGAAAUCAAUAAAUUUUCAAAAGAAACCACAAAUUCUCGAAAGAAUCCAAAAACUCUUAGUAAAAUCCACAAGUUCCCAGAAGAUGGUUCAAAUUCCCAGAAGAAUCCAUGAAUUCUCAGAAUAAUCCAAAAACUCCCAAAAGAAUCCAUAAAUUCUCAGAGAAAUCUCUAAAUUCUCAGAAGAAUCCAGAAGUUCUCAGAAGAAUCCAGAAGUUCUCAGAAAAAUCCAAUGACAGUAAAAUUAGAUGAUUUCUAAUUCUAAGAAUUCUAAGAUGUAGAUAAAUUCUCAAAAGAAUUUAAAGAUUCCUCUAAAUUCUCUAGACAAAAAACAUUCUCUAAAUUGUUUAGAACAUGAGAAAAGCCGUGUAGUUAGCUCAAAUAAAAGAAAAAAGAAAAAAAGGACUGAAAAUUUGUUUA